CAUACCAGGCCCCCAACACUCUUUAUUAACUAUAUUUACAUGCGGAACGACUGACGUGCUUCGUUGGGAGUAACGACGUUAUGUUCUCUAAAGCGAAAUUUAUCUUCAGUUUACUCUUACUGUCUUUGAUUCUAAUAAAUCAAGCUGAUGGUAGACGAGGGCGACCCAGGAGCAGGACCAAGUCGAAGGUGCAGAUCGGGUUGCCGAUCACGGGCAAGUACCGAGACCCAGAAUCCGACCAAUACUACAAUAAUAAUGAUGGAGCAAAGAUUUUACUGGCCUCACACUUUGAUCUUGAGUAUUCACUGGGGCACAAGAUCGCGUUCCUCUGCAUCGCGAAGGGUAACCCGCGGCCGCAUAUCACGUGGUUCAAGGACGGAGUGGAAAUAUUCGCUCAUCAUUAUUUACACAUUCACGAAUGGCCAAUUGGCGAAGAUCGUGUGAAAUCUAAGAUCGAGAUCGAUCCAGCUACACAGAUGGACGCCGGCGUUUACGAGUGCACUGCCGACAACAUGUAUUCUAUUGACCGUCGCUCCUUCAAGACUGACUUCUCUAUCGCUUUUGACUGAUUCAAUGUUAACUUUAGAUUUUUACAUUAGAACAGUUUAUAUAUAUAUACAUA